AUGCUCACCGGCCGUCGAACGCGCUUGCGCUUCGACGACUACACCUCGGAAGAUAUAAAGAUAUUGAAUGGAAUCGUACAAGGGGACCCAUUUUCCAUGCUUUUAUAUGUUAUAUAUUGCUCACGACUAGUUACGACAGCAGAUCCGGCAAGUCGGAAGGAGCUCACUGUAGCGUACGUGGACGAUACCACCCUCAUUGCCAUCGGAAAGACUUUCCACGAA